UUCGCCCUUCGUGACGGAGCUGCCCCAGGGUGCUCUUCCCGCCUGCCUGGGAAUGAGCUUGGCGUUGGGCUGCUAGGGUCGUCCUGCUUUGACCUUGAGCGUCCAGGGGGCUGUGGGCCUCUUUUAGGUGAGACUCCCCGUUGCUGGAGUUACUGCGUGUGGUGUUUGGAAGGAUACGUGGGACACACGGCUGUCACUGGGUUGUGUGAUGCAGGGUUAAAUUUCAUCUGUUGAUGCAGAGAUGGCCUUAAAUCUUGCGAUGCCUGUUUGAAAAGCAUAAACAUAUGACCACUUCUGGUGUUAAACAUUUUUCAAAAAUAAUAUUUUCAUACCUGUGACAAUAACCAGAGAAGCUUGAACAGUUUAUCUCUCUAAGUGACCUAAAAUAUGUUAGAUAUGAGAUGCAGGUUUUAAAGAGCUUAUUCUGGGUGACUCAACCGUUGUUUUUGUUGCUGAUUGCGGUACCCUUUCACUCCUAGAUCUUCUUUCAGUAUGCAGUAAUAGUGAAAGUGUUAUGGUUCUCAGGUUGACUGCAGAGUGUUACUGAUACCUGAAUUCCGGCUGUAGGAGUGUGAAGAUUUGGGAAGACUGUAUCUAAAGAGUAACAGGCUAGAUACUUGCAGGUAAUACAGGGCCGCAUUAUAAGGUUGAAGAUCCCAGUCUCUUCAUUUUGCUGCCAAGGCUUGACCUGUGUUAAAUACUUAAACAGGCCUGGCUAUCAAAUGCUCUCUUUGUUUGAGGGGCUUUAUUGGUUGGGGUUUUUUUUUUGGUUGGUUUAUUGUUUUUUUUUUUUUUUAAUGUUGGUACAUUUUCAAAAACAGGGUGGAAUACAGUAGACCUUCUGGUAACAGUGUGAUGCCUAAAUAUUGUGAUUAUCCAAAAUGUAUAGUAAAUUUCAAAAAAACCUGUAUGAAUGUUAUGAAGGGGAAUGCCAGUUUGGAAACAGGCAGAAUAUUUGCAACAUAAUUUGUGGUUUUGUUUUCAUUGACAUAAGAAUUGGCACUUUUGGAAACUAAGCAGCCUGUAAAUGAUGUGGGGAGAGGCUGCAUUUCUAGCUCACUCCCAACUUGUUGGUAGCACCUGUGACGGUAGAUAUUUAAACAGCAUUUUGCAAAGGAAAGAUAUCUUAUAUCUUCCAUUACUGGAGUGGCUGUGCAUUUGAAUGGAAGGUUCUGUUCACAACGUAGGCAGUGCUUUUCCUGUGUAAAAUUACUGGCAUGCCAUGCAGACCAUUAGAAAUGCUCGUCGCAGGCACAGCGAGCUGUGUGAGUAAGGUGGUGCUGUGGUUCAACCCCAGCCAGCAGCCAAGCCCCAUUCUCCUACCAGCGCUACAAGGGAGAGAAUGAGAAGGAUAAUAGGAAGAAAACUCGUGGGUUGAGAUAAGGACAGUUUAAUAGGGAAAGCAGCCGACAGACAAGCAAAGCAAAACAAGGAAGAAUUCACCCCUUCCAGUGGCAGGUGGAUGUUCAGCCAUCUCCAAGAGCGGGGCCCUAUCACACCUACCGGUGGCUUGGAAGAAAACAAACACCAUCAUUACAAAUGACCACCCCUUCCUUCUUCUUUGUUUGCUAAGCAUGAUGUCAUGUUGUCUGGGACAUCCCUUUGGGCAGUUUGGGGCACCUGUCACAGCUCUGUCUCCUCCGAACAUGCCAUGCACCUCCAGCCUGCUCACCGGCAUGGCAGUAGAAAAAGUAGAAAAGGCCUUGGCUCUGUGUAACCCUGUCCAGCAAUAACAAAAAUAUCUCUAUAUUAUCAAGUAUGUUUAGCACAAAUCCAAACCAGCCCCCUACCAGCCACUGUGAAGAAAAUGUACUGUACUCUGCUGGUCUAAGUGGGCUCAGCCUGUGAUCUCCUGCCUGUGAUUGUUUUCUGUCUGAAUACAGGGAGGGCACUUCCCUGUGUUCAUCACUGGUUUAGUUCUUGGCUACCAUUCCUGCUGUCCACCUUUAGUGUCUUCUUGCUUAGCCAGGAAUGACUGCUUGCUCUGAGUUGGCUGGCUGAAAAUGCUUAUUGAUAUUCUUUUCUCUUUUCUUCCUUUUCUUAUUUCUUGUCUUUAGUGGAGCUGUAUUAUGUUAAAUCUGCAGUGUGUAGAAGAGAACCAAGAAGAGAUAUGAAGUGUGUGUUAAAAACCCCUGUUUUGAGAAUGGUUGAAAAAAGUAGGAGAUAGAGGCUGCACUAAAUGAUACCUGCUAAAGCAUGAAAUAGAAAAAUGGAAGUAAUCUUUCUGUAUGCACAUAAAUUGUCUUCCAGAUUAAUAAUCAUGUUCCUCUGACUUGUAGCUGAAAGGAAGCUGAAUGAUAAAUAGAAACAGUAAGUGAUACAUUUCCCUCUGAGAGGCCAGGGAAGAGAAACACUGCAGGAUCAACCAUUUUCUCCCAAUAACUGAAACAAGAAAUGAAAAGAAAACACCAAGGAGAAUCAGUAAAUAGUUUUACUAGUCAACACAUUCCUAUUUUUAUCAGGAACUUGUAGUUCAGUAUAAGCAUUAAAAAAUAAUUAGAAGUUAGGGAAUGGUGCCUGACUGGGAUUUUCAUUUGCAGAAAUUGUAGUGAAUUAAACCUGUUAUUUGUGUCUUUUCUGGCUUUCUUCUGAGGAUAAGGAGAGUGAACAAGUUUUGGUCCAGGCACCAUUUUCAGAAGAGUCAGAAAAGGAUUCUACUUUACAAAUUCCUUUGGAAUCUACCUCUGGAACUGGGAAGCCAGAUGCAUUGUAAAAUGUAACCACAGUCUAGAUAAUGCAGAGAUAUAUGCACAACAUAUGACACUGUUUCAGAACUAAAAUCAGAAUAAAAUUAUAGAAAUUAGUUGAAAUUUGAAAUUCAUUAAUUACUAGUACCUUAGACCUCAGGGCACAAUAAAAAAAGAAGAUGGACAAAGUCUUGCCCAAAUGCAUUGUAUUAGGUUAUCCAAGUAAGGUAAAGAUAAGGACAUGAGAGCUUCUGACUUAUGCCUUUGUGAAAAGACCUAUCAGGAUUGUUUGGAGAUAGAAUGUUAAACCCACCUGAAGCUACAUAUUAGAACAAUGGGUAUGGAUUAAUGAAAGGCUAUUGUGGGCAAAGAAUAAAUGAAUAAAUUACUGGCUACCACUUUUUUGUUGUUAAUUUGGUAGAUUCUGUGUUGAAUUGUGUAUCAGAAAAUUUUGAGAAGUCUCAAUGUGAAGACCCAGCAUUACCCUGGAAGCAAAGCUUCUCUCUCAGUACAGGGUAUUGCAAGGGUAAUGUAAGACAGUGGACAUCAUCUGAGUCCUUUUUUUGUGUACUAAGCUGAAAAGUAUCCUGAAAUUGUCAAACUCUCCUUUAAAACAAAAUGUAAAAAAAAUUGUAGUAAAAAUAUAACUGUAAAUGAAGUGAUUCUUGUUCUAAUUUAUUUCAGUUCUAUGUUUGCUAUGGAUUUUUUGCUUUUGUUUAUUUAUUUUUAAUGUAUUACAUAUUAAUUUGAUGUACUAAUUUGACAAGAGUAAAAAUUAUGCAAGAAAGAAAAAGAAUACCUCAAGAUAAGUCUCCUCUCAAUAAAUGCUUGGAAAAGAAAAGCUGGCUAGUUAAAAAGGAAUUCUUUUCAGAGAGGGUAUAGGGACCAUUUGAAGACACGAGGCUGAAACACACAAAAGUGAAAAUAAAUUGCCAUUUAUUUUAGGAAGCUUGUCCUGUUCGUGUGCUCAGGCAGCUGGAGAGAAGAUAACUAUUUGACAUCGUGUACUUAUCAAGCACUACUCGACAGGGAGGGCAGUGUUCCCAGGCCCAGUGGGUGUGUGUGAGAGCUGGGCAGUCCUGCUGUGGGACUGGGAAAGCACAGAGCUCACGGUGCUCCCAGGCGGUGCAGGAGCUGCUGGGAGGGUGCGGCUGCAUUCACACCAGGACACUCGUUCUCCCUGUGACAGUGCUUUUUCCAACCCACUGAACUUGUGGUUACUGUGGAUGUGGCUAUGGCAGGUAAAUUCCUUCCAUAUCCUGUUUUGAGUAAUCCCAACAGCCUUAUUGCUAAUAUUCCAUCUCAGGAGCUCUUUAUGAAGGUAAUGUCUGUACAUGAAUUGCAAGCUGGUCUCUAGCGGGGACACUGUGGGAGGAUGAACACGGAGGAGCUGGAGCUACUGACUGAUUCCAAGUACAGGAACUAUGUAGCUGCAGUUGACAAAGCACUGAAGAACUUUGAAUAUUCCAGUGAAUGGGCAGAUUUAAUAUCAGCACUUGGGAAGCUAAACAAGGUGCUACAGAACAACGCCAAGUACCAGGUAGUACCCAAAAAGCUGACGAUAGGCAAGCGCUUGGCACAAUGUCUGCAUCCAGCUCUGCCUGGAGGGGUUCAUCGCAAGGCACUUGAAACAUAUGAGAUCAUUUUUAAAAUCAUUGGACCCAAGCGCCUGGCCAAAGAUCUGUUCCUCUACAGUUCUGGACUAUUUCCACUCCUUGCCAAUGCUGCUAUGUCUGUCAAGCCAACAUUACUGAGUCUGUAUGAGAUUUAUUACCUCCCUUUGGGGAAAACAUUGAAACCAGGACUGCAAGGACUAUUAACUGGGAUUCUGCCUGGGUUAGAGGAGGGAUCAGAGUAUUAUGAAAGGACAAACACACUGCUGGAGAAAGUUGCUUCAGCUGUGGAUCAGUCAGCGUUCUACAGUGCUCUCUGGGGGAGCCUCCUCACCAGCCCUGCAGUGCGCUUGCCUGGCAUCACUUAUGUCCUCUCCCACCUGAACAGGAAGCUUUCCAUGGAGGAUCAACUCUACAUAAUUGGCAGUGACAUUGAAUUAAUGGUGGAAGCAGUAAGCACUUCAGUGCAAGAUACCAGUGUUUUAGUACAGAGGAGCACAUUGGACCUUAUCCUUUUUUGUUUUCCUUUCCACAUGAGCCAGGCAACUCGUCCAGACAUGAUCAGAAUUUUGUCAGCAGCCCUUCACGUAGUGCUGCGCAGGGAUAUGUCACUCAACCGAAGGCUUUAUGCAUGGCUUCUGGGUUUUGAUAACAAUGGUGCCCUUGUAGGACCCAGAAGUACAAGGCACAGCAAUCCCGAGGAGCAUGCCACUUACUAUUUCAAUACCUUCUCUAAGGAGAUGUUAGUCCAGGCAAUGGUUGGAAUAUUGCAAGUUAAUGGACAGGGAGAAGAAAGCACAUUAAUGCAAGACUUAAAGCCUUUUCGAAUUCUUAUCAGUUUGCUGGAUAAACCUGAACUGGGCCCUGCCAUCCUGGAGGAUGUGUUGAUUGAAGUGUUUCGAACAUUAUAUACACAGUGCAAAGCAGAACUGGAGCUUCAGACAGAACCAUCUUUCAACAAAGAUCACACACAGCUAAGCAGCAAACUGAGAGAAAACAAGAAAACAGCAGAAUUGAUUAAAACUGCCAAUCUUCUUUUCAAUUCCUUUGAGCCUUAUUAUAUGUGGGAUUACAUUGCUCGUUGGUUUGAAGAGUGUUGUAGGAGGACUUUACAUGCCAGACUUCAAACUGGGCCAGGAGGUGAUAGUGAGCAAUCUGAGUUACCUCUGACAAAUUUCUGCUUGUUAGUGGAUUUUUUGUUGGAUAUUGUUUCUUUGCCUACUAGAAGUAUGAGAGUGCUGUGUCAGGAGACUUACAUUGAAAUACAGACUGAACACUUGCCUCAGCUGUUGCUCAGGAUGAUUUCUGCAUUGACAAGCCAUCUUCAUACUUUGCACUUGUCUGAGCUUACUGAUUCUCUCAGACUCUGCUCAAAGAUCCUUAGUAAAGUUCAGCCUCCAUUACUCUCUGCUGGUACAGAUGGUAUCCUGCAGCUUCCUACAGGACAGAGCAGCUCCAUCAAAGAAUGGGAAAAUAAAAAGGUGCCAUCAGUGUCACUUGAAAACCCUAAUGAUGUGUUUGAAGAUGGUGAAAAUCCUCCAAGCAGUCGAUCAUCAGAAAGUGGAUUCACUGAGUUCGUGCAAUACCAGGCAGAUACAACUGAUGACAUUGACAGAGCACUAAAUGAAGGUCAGGGUGCACCUGGCAUCCCUAUUGUUGGUAGCACAUCCUCAGAGACUGAGACAGCAUCAACCGUGGGUUCUGAGGAGACCAUUGUACAGCCUCCUUCCGUAAUGACACAAGGGACAGCAACUCGUAGUGGGAAAACAAUCCAAAAGACUGCAAUGCAGUGCUGUUUGGAAUAUGUCCAACAGUUUUUAACCAGAUUUAUCAACCUGUAUAUCAUUCAGAAUAAUUCCUUGUCUCAGCCCAUAGGGGCAGAGCUUCCAGUAGACCCCACUAGAACACAAGGACAGAGCACAAAAUGGGACAGAGAAUCACAAGAUGAUGCUAAGGUGAAGAAAACAACCAAGAAGAAAACACCGAAAGAAUACCUUCCUGCCUUUAUUGCUGCUUGUCAGCUCUACCUUGAAUGUUCGAGCUUUCCCGUUUACAUUGCUGAAGGGAACCGCACUUCAGAGUUACAUCCUGGGAAGCCUGAAGUUGACUGUGAACAAGUGCAGCCUCCACUGUGGCUACAGACUUUAAUGAAUGCUUGCAAGCAGGCAAGCAAUUUCAGUGUUCAGGGUGUUACUAUUUCCCUCGUGAUGGACUUGGUUGGAUUGACUCAAUCGGUUGCUCUUGUCACUGGAGAAAAUCUUAACAGUGUGGAAACUGCUCAGCCUCUUAGUCCUAACCAGGGAAGAGUGGCUGUUGUCAUCAGACCUCCUCUUACUCAAGGCAAUCUGAGAUAUAUGGCUGAAAAGACAGACUUCUUCAAGCAUAUAGCUUUAACUCUUUGGGACCAGCUGGGUGAUGGAACUCCUCAGCAUCAUCAGAAGAGUGUGGAGCUCUUCUAUCAGCUGCACAACCUCGUCCCAUCUUCCAGCAUUUGUGAAGAUGUUAUUAGUCAGCAGCUGACUCACAGAGACAAGAAAAUAAGAAUGGAAGCUCAUGCCAAGUUUGCAGUGCUAUGGCAUCUCACACGAGAUCUUCAUAUUAACAAAUCUUCUUCCUUUGGCCGCACCUUUGACAGAUCUUUGUUUAUCAUGCUGGACAGCCUCAAUAGCUUGGAUGGUUCUACUUGGUCAGUGGGACAAGCCUGGUUAAAUCAAGUGCUUCAAAGACAUGAUAUUGCAAGGGUUCUUGAACCUUUGCUCCUACUGCUUCUCCAUCCAAAAACUCAGCGAGUUUCUGUUCAGCGAGUACAGGCUGAAUGUUACUGGACUAAAUCUCCCAAUCACCCUGAAGAUGAAAAUGAAAAGCAAUUCAUGCAGAAGUUCAGCUGUGCUGAUGCAUUCUCCCACAUGCCUGUAAGCCAAGGACAACUUAUCAUACCCAAAGAAGGCAAUGAGAAGCAACUUGGUGUGGAUGAAAUGGAGAACUUCAGCCUGACCGUGAAUCCUCUGAGUGACAGGCUUUCCUUGUUAAGUACCAGCAGUGAGACCAUACCAAUGGUUGUGUCUGAUUUUGACCUUCCUGAUCAUCAGGCUGAAAUACUGCAGAGUUCUGACUCUGGCUGUUCUCAGUCAUCUAAUGGAGACAACAUCAGUUAUGAAGUGGAAACAGAAAGCCUGAGUGCUCAAGAUAGCUCUCAGACUCUAAAAGAAGACUCACCUGAUGAAAUUGUGCAACAAGUGGUUACAGAUCUUAUAUGCAAAGUUGUAAGUGGUCUUGGAGAAGAAGUUGAACCAGUUAAAGACAGUCUGCACUCUGAGGAUGCUUCCUGUAAAUUCAGCUCAUUGGAUAGCUCUGUAGAGGUUACAAAAAGUGAUGAUCAAAAUAUUCAAAGUAGCCAAAGUAGUUUACUUAGUAAUGACAGCUCACAGUUACUAUCAGCCUCAACUGAGACUGGACUUGAGAGCUUAGGAGACGAAAUGUCAAGAAAUAACUCUUCACCUUGUAUUGCAGAAAGCCAGCAGUCCUUCUCUGAUCUUACUCUUUCUUCCACUGAAUCAAAGUCUAGAAAACAUAGCCACAGUAGUAUUCAGUUCAGCUUUAAAGGAAAGCAACCAGAAAAAAUGUCAGAAAAAGAAACAAUUGUUAAAGAAGCUGGUAAGCAACCAGGUGCAAAACCUAAGGUAAAAAUAGCCAAAAAGAAAGAUGAAGAGAAGAAGAAAGCACAAACAGAAAAGCUUAAACAAACAAAUGUCUUCUUUAGUGAUGGUCUUGAUUUAGAAAAUUGGUACAGUUGUGGAGAAGGAGAAAUUUCAGAAAUAGAAAGUGAUGUUGGAUCCCCAGGAAUGCGAAAAUCUCCUAACUUCAAUAUCCAUCCACUGUAUCAACAUGUGCUUCUUUAUCUCCAGUUGUAUGACUCUUCAAGGACAUUGUAUGCCUUUUCUGCAAUUAAAGCAAUUCUGAAAACAAAUCCUUCAGCUUUUGUAAGUGCCAUCUCCACUACCAGUGUCAACAAUGCAUACACUCCUCAGCUUUCAUUGCUCCAAAAUCUUCUAGCCAGGCAUCGAAUAUCUGUUAUGGGCAAGGAUUUCUAUAGUCAUAUCCCAGUUGAUUCUAACCAUAACUUUCGGAGCUCUAUGUACAUAGAAAUUCUCAUCUCCUUGUGUCUAUACUACAUGCGAAGCCAUUAUCCAACUCACGUUAAAGUAACCUCCCAAGACCUCAUAGGAAACCGCAACAUGCAAAUGAUGAGUAUCGAAAUUCUGACACUCCUCUUUGCGGAGUUGGCAAAAGUGAUAGAAAGCUCUGCCAAGGGCUUUCCUAGUUUUAUUUCAGACAUGUUGUCCAAGUGCAAGGUUCAGAAAGUUAUCCUGCAUUGUCUGCUGUCUUCUAUCUUCAGUGCUCAGAAAUGGCACAGUGAAAAGAUAGCUGGGAAAAACAUAGUGGCUGUGGAAGAAGGCUUCUCUGAAGACAGCCUUAUAAAUUUUUCUGAGGAUGAGUUUGACAAUGGUAGUACUCUGCAGUCACAACUUUUGAAAGUACUUCAGCGGCUGAUUGUGCUGGAGCACAGAGUAAUGACUGUGCCUGAGGAAAAUGAAACGGUGUUUGACUUUGUCAUAACAGACCUGGAGCACAUGGGUCCCCAGCAGCCGAUGACUUCUCUGCAGUAUUUACAUUCCCAGCCAAUAACCUGCCAAGGCAUGUUUCUGUGUGCAGUGAUACGAGCUUUGCACCAGCACUGUGCCUGUAAAAUGCAUCCCCAGUGGAUUGGCCUUAUCACUUCUACGUUGCCUUACAUGGGAAAAGUUCUUCAAAGGGUGGUCGUUUCAGUGACUCUUCAGCUCUGCAGGAACUUGGAUAAUUUAAUUCAGCAGUAUAAAUAUGAAACUGGAUUAUCUGAUAAUAGGCCUCUCUGGAUGGCAUCAGUCACUCCCCCAGAUAUGGUUCUCACUUUGUUAGAAGGGAUCACAACAAUAAUUCAUUACUGCCUCCUGGAUCCAUCUACGCAGUAUCAUCAGCUUUUGGUCAAUGUAGAUCAGAAGCAUUUGGUUGAAGCACGCAAUGGGAUCCUCUCUAUCUUGCAUAUGAUCAUGUCCUCUGUGACUUUACUGUGGAGCAUCCUGCACCUCGCAGAUUCUUCGGAGAAAACUACUGCUGCUGCUGCUGCAUCCAUCACCACUAUUAAUCUUGGGUCAACUAAGAAUUUAAGGCAACAGAUUCUGGAACUUUUAGGUCCAAUUUCAAUGAAUCAUGGUGUUCACUUCAUGGCUGCUAUUGCAUUUGUAUGGAAUGAAAGGAGGCAAAACAAAAAUACUGCAAGAACAAAGGUUAUUCCUACAGCAUGUGAAGAACAACUUCUGCUGGUUGAGCUGGUUCGCUCUAUCAGUGUUAUGAGAACAGAGACUGUCAUACAGACAGUGAAAGAAGUUCUGAAGCAGCCUCCAGCCAUAGCAAAGGACAAGAAGCAUCUUUCACUGGAAGUCUGCAUGUUGCAGUUUUUCUAUGCUUAUACUCAAAGGAUUCCAGUGACCAGCUUAGUAGACAGCUGGGCAGCACUGCUACUUCUGUUAAAGGAUUCCAUACAGGUUGGUCUUCCAGCCCCAGGACAGUUUCUUAUACUUGGUGUUCUUAAUGAGUUCAUCAUGAAAAACCCAAGUCUGGAGAAUAAGAAAGAUCAAAGAGAUCUACAGGAUGUAACACACAAGAUAGUGGAUGCUAUUGGGGCAAUUGCUGGUUCUUCUUUGGAACAGACCACUUGGCUAAGACGAAACUUAGAGGUUAAGCCUUCCCCCAAGAUUAUGGUUGAUGGAAACAACUUAGAAUCAGAUGUUGAAGAUAUGCUGUCUCCAGCAAUGGAAACUUCAAAUAUAACACCAUCUGUUUAUAGUGUCCAUGCGUUGACCUUACUUUCUGAGGUUUUGGCUCAUCUCCUGGACAUGGUUUUCUACAGUGAUGAAAAAGAGAGAGUUAUUCCUUUGCUUGUAAAUAUUAUGCACUAUGUUGUGCCCUACCUCCGUAAUCACAGUGCUCACAAUGCAUCCAGCUAUCGAGCUUGUGUCCAGUUAUUAAGCAGUCUUAGUGGAUAUCAGUACACAAGGAGAGCAUGGAAAAAGGAAGCCUUUGAUCUCUUUAUGGAUUCCAGUUUCUUCCAGAUGGAUGCUUCCUGUGUUAACCAUUGGAGAGCUAUUAUGGAUAAUUUGAUGACACAUGACAAAACCACGUUCAGAGAUUUGAUGACACGAGUGGCUGUGGCCCAGAGCAGCUCCCUCAAUCUGUUUGCUAACAGAGACGCGGAGCUGGAGCAGCGCGCCAUGCUCCUCAAGAGACUCGCCUUCGCCAUUUUUAGCAGCGAGGUAGACCAGUACCAGAAAUACCUGCCAGACAUACAAGAAAGGCUGGUAGAAAGUCUCCGGUUGCCACAGGUGCCCACCCUUCAUUCCCAAGUGUUCCUGUUUUUCAGAGUAUUACUUUUAAGAAUGUCUCCACAGCACCUUACCUCACUUUGGCCAACCAUGAUCACUGAACUGGUGCAAGUGUUUUUACUGAUGGAACAGGAGCUCACUGCUGAUGAAGACAUUUCCAGAACUUCUGGCCCAUCUGUUGCUGGUUUGGAGACAACUUAUACAGGCGGCAAUGGUUUUUCCACAUCCUACAACAGCCAGAGGUGGCUGAACUUGUAUUUGUCUGCUUGCAAAUUUCUGGACUUGGCUCUAGCUUUACCAUCUGAAAACCUGCCUCAAUUUCAGAUGUAUCGUUGGGCUUUUAUUCCAGAAGCAUCAGAUGAUUCAGGCUUGGAAGUACGAAGACAAGGAACACAUCAGAGGGAAUUCAAGCCCUAUGUGGUGCGUCUGGCAAAGCUGCUGCGGAAAAAAGCAAAGGACAAACAGGAGGACUUUAAGACGAUGGUUUUGGAGGGAAUGGAGAUGGCCAAGCAUCAGAAAAACCCGGAGGAGGAUGGCUCAGGGAAAACACUAAGCUGGGAACCAGGUCACUUGCUUUUAACCAUCUACACCGUUCGCAGCAUUGAGCAGCUCUUGCCUUUCUUCAAUGUACUCAGCCAAGUUUUUAACAGCAAAGUCACAAGCAGAUGUGUUGGACACUCAGGGAGCCCUGUCCUUUACCCCAACUGUUUUCCGAGUAAGGACAUAAAAAUGGAGAACCUCAAGACCUUCUCCAGCAAAGCAAGACAGAAGAUAGAAGAAAUGGUUGAGAAGGAUUUUCUUGAAGGAGUCAUAAAAUCAUGA